AUGGAAGCAAAGAAAGUUCCAGAUGUGGUUCUAAAUUCAGGAAAAAAGAUGCCAGCGAUAGGAUAUGGAACAGCAACUCCUCCUCCUCCAAUAGCUUUGAUUGAUGCUAUUGACAUUGGCUACAGACAUUUUGAUACUGCUUCUUUGUAUAAUACUGAAGAACUUCUAGGCCAAGCUGUGUCAAAAGCUUUAGAGGAAGGCCUCAUUAAAAGUCGCGACAAAUUGUUCAUUACUUCAAAAUUAUGGUGUACUGAUGCUCACCAUGACCUUGUUCUCCCAGCUCUCAAAACCACCCUCAAAAAGCUGGGCUUGGAGUAUGUGGAUCUCUAUUUAAUACAUUGGCCAGUGAGGUUGAAACAAGAUGUUAAAGGCUUAAACUUUAAAGGUGAGGAUUUGAUUCCCUUUGACAUAAAAGGAACAUGGGAAGCUAUGGAAGAGUGUCAUAGACUGGGCUUAGCAAAGUCUAUUGGUGUUAGCAACUUUGGUAUCAAAAAGCUCUCCAUACUCUUAGAAAAUGCUAAAAUCUCUCCUGCAGUUAAUCAGGUGGAAAUGAACCCAUCAUGGAAUCAAGGGGAACUCAUAGAAUUUUGCAAGAUGAAAGGAAUUCAUGUUAGUGCAUGGUCACCACUAGGAGCAUACAAAGAUCCUUGGGGAUCGGCUGCAGUUAUGGACAAUCCAAUUCUGCAUGAAAUUGCUGAGGCUAAAAAGAAGAGUGUAGCUCAGAUAGUACUGAGAUGGAUAUACCAGCAAGGGGCAACUCCCAUUGUGAAAAGCUUCAAUAAAGAGAGGAUGAAACAAAACAUUGAAAUAUUUGAUUGGGAAUUGAACCAGGAAGAGUUGGACAGAAUCAAUCAGAUUCCUCAAAGAAGAACCCUAAAUGCAGAAAUCUUCAUAUCAGAAAAUGGACCUUACAAAUCCAUGGAGGAGUUGUUGGAUGACUGA